UCUGCUGUCUCUUCGUCAUCAAAAUUUCAAUAAAAAUGGCGACAGUUGACGUUUGACGUGUCUGAUUUGUCCCAAUUCUUUUUCUUCGACAAUCUUCCCCUGCUUGGAUUCUUGGAUUCUUCAAUCGGACAUUUUCGCGCUUUCCGAGACGAUCGGAUAAUGGCUAUAGCUCAAUCCAACAUCAAUCCGGCGAUUCGCUUCGCCGCCGACACUUUCCGGCGACACCGAUUUCACGACCGUUCCGUUUUUUUCCCACGCGCCGCUGCCUUCCGCCGAAUCACUGCCGGAGCUGUGAGAGUGGGAGAUUUCUCGUCGAAUGAUACUCAGGCUCCUCUCGUCGAGAAGCUUCCUAAUAAACCUCCGAUAUGUACGGCGGAUGAGCUCCACUACGUCACUGCUAACAACUCCGAUUGGCGACUCGCCCUCUGGCGCUACAAACCCUCACCUGAGGCUCCCCCAAGAAAUCAUCCUCUGUUGCUGCUGUCAGGGGUUGGAACAAAUGCCAUUGGAUAUGAUCUAGCUCCUGGGUCUUCAUUUGCACGAUAUAUGUGUGGGCAAGGAUUUGAUACUUGGGUUCUUGAAGUUCGAGGGGCUGGGUUGAGCACUCAAGCAUCUGAUCGUAUGGGGAUUGAGAAGUCAGCUUAUGCAAUAUCUGAAGAAAUGGAAGCUGCCAUGGAAAGUGUGACCAAUGGGACUCUCCUUGCAGAUCAGCCAUCAACCAUGACCCCUAAUGCUUCUAGGGAAACUGAGAUAGUGAUGGCUAAUGGGAAACUCAAUGAUCUUUCGGCUACAUGGGAUGAAUCAAGGCUUGUUCAAGAAUUGACUGAAACUUUCACACUCUUGUCAGAAAGACUUUCUGGCUUUCUUAGUGAAAGGCAGUCAAAUCUUAUGUUCUACAAAUUUUUUGAUCAAAUAUCAAAGCUCUUGGAAGAUUCUUUUAUAAUCGGACGGGUAAAUGAAUUAAGGGGAAAAAUUUUAAGUCUGAUUGAAACAGGACAAAACUCCAGUGUGGCUGGUCAGUUGAGGGAUCUAAGCCAAAAGCUAGUAGAGAUCUUUGAAGAAGGUCAGCGAUCUGUUUCUCCUCCAUUUUUUGAUCUGCACGAGCGCCUAACAACAACUGUGGAAGAUUUUCAGAAACAAUUGGAGUUGAUUGUCAAAUAUGACUGGGACUUUGAUUGUUAUUUGGAGGACGUUCCUGCUGUGAUGGAAUUCAUAAAGGUUCAGUGCAAACCAAAAGAUGGUCGAUUACUUGCAAUUGGUCACUCCAUGGGUGGUAUCUUGUUGUAUGCCAUGCUAUCACGAUACAGUGUGGAAGGAAAAGAUCCUGGAUUUGCCUCUGUUGUUACAUUAGCCUCGUCGCUUGACUACACAUCAUCAAAAUCUUCACUCAAACUGCUUUUACCCCUUGCUGAUCCUGCACAGGCUCUUAAUGUCCCUGUAGUACCUUUGGGAGCAUUACUGUCUGCAGCUUAUCCUCUUACUUCUCGACCUCCCUAUGUCCUAUCAUUUCUAAAUGACAUGAUAUCAGCACAGGAUAUGAUGCAUCCAGAGCUGUUGAAGAAACUUGUUCUAAACAACUUUUGUACUAUUCCUGCUAAAGUACUAUUACAGCUGACGACUGCAUUCCGAGAAGGGGGACUAAGGGAUCGGAGUGGUACAUUUUUCUACAAGGAUCAUCUUCAUAAAAGCAAUAUUCCCAUCCUAGCUCUUGCUGGAGAUCGAGACUUGAUUUGCCCACCAGAGGCCGUACUUGAAACUGCGAAGCUCUUUCCAGAGGGCGUGGCUACGUACAAAGUAUUUGGCAAACCGAAUGGUCCGCAUUAUGCUCAUUACGACUUGGUGGGAGGACGUCUGGCUGUGGAACAAAUAUAUCCAUGUAUAGUCCAAUUUCUGAGCCAACACGACUCGACUCAAUAGCCAUGUUUAAAAUCUCGUCGGUGUAGGUAAUUAUCAGGCUCAAAUUACACCGGGCGUUAUCGACUAUUUUGUUAAUUUGUAAUGUUCAUCCUCUUCAAAAUUCACUGGGAUUUAUCAAAUUCUCUCUUCAUUAUGAGUUACUGCCUUUAUGUGAUCUCUAUGUUUCUGAAAUUGCUAUUCCUCUUGUUGUUCUGAUUCA